CUUCUAGGGAAGGGAAGAUGGUAAAUAUGGAUGCUGCCAGCAACCAAACUUUAAUUCCUGAAAAGAAUUCUUGCGAAAGGGUACGAUCAGAGGGGAUUACAGCUCAAGUAAACGAAAACGAGAGAACAGAGAGGUUGAUGAUACUGAAAAUAGUCAAUGAAAACUUCAAAUCGUACGCUGGGAUACAAGAGCUUGGGCCAUUUCAUAAGAAUUUCACCUCAAUUGUUGGUCCAAAUGGUAGUGGUAAAUCAAAUGUCAUUGAUGCUAUGUUGUUUGUAUUUGGUUAUCGCUCCAAUAAAAUCAGGUCAAAGAAGAUAUCAAAUCUGAUUCACAAUUCGGCAAAUCAGCAGAAUAUUCAAAGCUGCACAGUUUCUGUGUAUUUUCAAAAAAUAACAGAUCUGCCUGGCAACGACUAUGAAGUUAUACCGGACAGUGAGAUUGUUGUGUCAAGAACAGCUCGUAAAGACAAUACCUCAGACUAUUAUUUAAAUGGUCGAAAGACCCCAUUCAAAGAGGUUGCUUCUGUCUUACGUGGAUGUGGUAUUGAUCUGGAUCAUAAUCGCUUCCUUAUAUUACAGGGGGAAGUUGAACAAAUUUCGAUGAUGAAACCCAAAGCUUCAACAGAACACGAGGAGGGAAUGUUAGAGUAUUUGGAGGAUAUCAUUGGAUCAAGUCGUUAUAAACAGCCCAUAGAGGAUUGUGCAAAAUCUGUGGAAGAAUUAAACGAAGCUAGAGGAGAAAAGCUAAAUCGCGUAAAGGCUGUGGAAAAGGAGAAAAAUGAAUUAGAGGGCAGUAAAAAUGAGGCAGUCGAAUAUCUGAACAUGCAAAACAGCAUAUGCAAUGAAAAAAACAAACUUUAUCAAAAAAACAUAUAUGACAGCCAUGGUGCAGACACAGAAGCAAAGGAGGAAAGAGACCGAGCUAAGGAAACUUACAGCGAACUUAAAAGGAAAAUGGAGGAGUGUACAGGGCGGAAAAAAGCCAAAGGCAAAGAACUAAAGAAGCUUUCAAUGAGUCAAGAAAAACAGGCUCAAGUCGCUGAAGAAAAAAAAGCGGCUUUCAACGAGUUUGAAAGAAACGACUUGAAAUUAAGAGAAGAAUUGAAACAUAGAAAAGGCGAAAGUAAGAAAAUAGAAUCAAAUUUAGCAAAAGAAAAGAAAAAGUUGGAAGUAUUGAUGGAAGAACCUGGGAAAAAUCAAAAGAAGCUCGAAGAACUCGAAGCAAAGAAAUUGUCGGUUGAGGAAAAGAAAAAAGUUGAAGACUCUAAACUGAAUGAAAUUAUGGCAGGUUUGAAAGUGGAAACACAAGGUCUUCAGGUUGAAAAAGAGGCAAAAGAACGUCAGCUUUUAGAGCUGAGCAAGUCCGUCAACGCAGCUAAAUCAAAGCUUGACGUCGCUAUGAGUGAACUGGAAAUAUACAGUACUCAACAAGAUGGCUUAAAAAAUCAGAUGAAAGAGGCCAUGGAAAACCUCAAGAAUGGCAAAGAAAAAUUGAAAGACUUGAAAAGAGACAUGGAGACAAUAACUAAGGAACUUCCCGAGAACAAAAAACAACUCAGUAAAACUAAAAAGGAUUUGGAGAAAGUUGAACACGAAGAAAAGAAACUUUGCGAUGAGUUGCGGUUAUCUCGUUCAAAAGCCGAAGAAGCAAGAAGUGCACUACAUGCUGUUAGUAGUAGAGGAAAGGUUCUAGAAGCCUUGUUGAAGGAAAAGCAAUCAGGAAAUUUGAAAGGAGUGUACGGAAGAUUGGGUGAUCUAGGUGCGAUUGAUGAUAAAUAUGACGUUGCAAUAAGCACUGCUUGUGGACCUCUAGAUAACAUUGUAUGCGAUACGAUUGAUAUUGCUCAAAAAUGCGUCAACUUUUUGAAAAGAAACAACAUUGGCUCGGCCACAUUCAUUGCUUUGGACAAGAUGGAGCAUUGGAGAAAGAAUGCCACGAGUACAAUUAAAACACCAGAAAAUGUUGCCAGGUUGUUUGAUUUAGUGAAAUUGAAAAACGACAAAUUAAAAACGGCAUUUUAUUUCGCCUUACGAGAUACUCUUGUUAGUAAAGAUCUUGAGCAAGCUACUCGUAUUUCAGAUAAGGGCGGCAAGAGAUGGCGUGUUGUGUCCCUGGCAGGAGAACUUGUUGAACAAUCAGGGGCGAUGACUGGUGGGGGCACUAAAGUCAGUCGCGGAAGAAUGGGAUCAAGUGUUGUACAGAACGUCACUCCACAAGAACUUAAAGAACUUGAGAAGAAACUUGAAGCGCAAACACAUCGGCUUGAGGAAUGCCGAAGCUCAAAAAAGAGUUUGGAAGAAGCCCAGGACGAUUUGAUAAAGACUGUUACAUCACAAGAGCAUCAACUUCAGAAAAACAAAUUGGAAGUUCAAGCGCUGACUGAACAAGAAAGAGUUUUGAAUGAUCAAAUUAAGAAUCUUCAGAUUCAGUUAGAACAAACAGUGCCAGAUCAAAAUCACCUCCAAAAACUGGAAACGAAAGUGAAAGAGAGCGAAAAAGAAUGGAAAAAAGAAUCAUCCGUAUCUACAAAAGUUGAAGCUGAAAUACAAAGUUUGCAUAAGCAAAUAAUGGAUAUCGGUGGCUCAAAACUGAAGGCACAGCAGGCAAAAGUGGACAUAUUUAGUAAAGGGAUUGAUGAAAUUACUCGGGAAAUAACUAAAACAAACGUUGCUUUAAAGUCAUCAAACAGAAAUAUUGCUAAAUCGGAAGAGAAAAUUCUAUCCCUUGAAAAGGAAAUUCAAGAAAAUAAAGACGCUAUUGAAGCACUGCAGAAAGAAUUCAAUGAACUUGAUCAAAAUGCGGCAAAGGUCUUCGCUGAUUUUAAUGAAGCGCAGAAACAAAUGAAGGAAUGUGUGGAAACGUUAUCGUCAUUGAGAAAGGAAUACGAACAGGUGGAAGAGGAAUAUAAUAAAAUGAAGAGCGAGGAGGUCGAUAUAAAAAAUUAUUUGGAGAAAUGUGAUUCUCACGUGAAAGAAAAUGACGCUAAAAUUAGACAUUGGAAAAAUCAGAUCAGUAAACUAGAAAUUCAGUCAGUUGGUUUGAACAAUGAAGAUGAACAGACAUUGCCUACGUUCAAUGAAAACGAGCUGCAAAAUUUUGAUAAGACCGCCAUUAAGAAUGAAAUCGAAGCUUUGGAAGAAAGGUUGCGUGAGAUGACACCAAACAUGGCAGCCAUUGAGGAAUAUCGUAAAAAGGAAGAGCAGUACCUACAACGUGUGAACGAGCUUGACGAGAUCACCGAACAACGUGACAACAAGCGAAAGGAGUAUGAAACUUUGAGAACGAAGAGAUUGAACCAGUUUAUGGAAGGAUUUUUGACUAUCACGAUGAAGUUAAAGGAAAUGUAUCAGAUGAUCACUCUCGGUGGUGAUGCGGAGUUGGAACUUGUUGAUAGCUUGGAUCCUUUUACUGAAGGUGUCGUCUUUAGCGUCAGACCACCAAAAAAAACAUGGAAAAACAUCUCGAAUCUUUCUGGUGGAGAAAAAACACUCAGCUCGUUAGCUCUCGUGUUUGCUCUUCAUCACUUCAAACCUACACCAUUGUACGUGAUGGAUGAGAUAGACGCAGCUCUUGAUUUUCGGAAUGUUUCCAUUGUUGCUCAUUAUAUCAAAGAGCGAACUAAGAAUGCACAAUUCAUAAUCAUCAGUUUGAGAAACAACAUGUUUGAACUGGCAGAUCGUCUUGUUGGUAUAUACAAAACUCAUGACUGUACAAAGAGUGUGACCAUCAAUCCAUCCUUAGUUGCUUCUAAAUGCUCAAUGGUUCAAGCUGAGACAUAAAAAACAACAAAAAGAUAAGUUUUUCAUUUAAUAUCUCAUUGUAUAUGGUGGUAUAUCAUUUAGUGGUGUGGUAGCAAAUAUAUAUAUAUUUACAUAUAUGUAUGGUAUGUGCAAUGGUUUGUGGAAGGACGAAGCAUGUAGUAUAAAAAUUGGAAGGUAUCACACCAUGCUGGUACAAUACAUUACAAAAACAAA